AUGACAGAGAAUGGGAUUCACAACUGCUCUUUUGUGAGGCCCCACCUGCAGCCCAACAUCUCUGUGGUGGAGACCCUCUCCCCUUUCCAUCAACACUUGCUCCUGUCUCACCUCACCACCACUCACUACCUACCAAAAAUGGAAUCUCUAUCAGGUCAAACACUCCUCCUCCCUCCCACAACCCACUUCCUCCGCACCUGGAAAUCAUCAUUACCUCCCCAAUUCCCUCCUCCCGCCCCUCACCCCUUGCACAACCGCCUGACAGAGGAAGUCAUAAACCCCAUCCUUUCCUCCCUCAUCCCCCAGCCAAAAGCGCUGCAAAAGGCUAUCGAGUAUGACACCGCUUUGUUGGUCUGUGGGCUGUACCCUUCUCUUGCGGCCGGAUCCGAAGAUUUUGAAAAGCUGAAAACUGUGGCCGUGUGGGUGGUGUGGAUUGUGCUUUGGGAUGAUGCUAUUGAUUCUGACUCUUCUGGGGGUAUAAACGCGAGGGAGUAUGUGGAAGUGUCGAAGCGGUAUGUGAGGUGGUGUUUACUUCGGGAGGAGGAGGAGGAACCGGACGCGCCGACGAAGGUUUGUGAGUUGAUGAAGAGUGCUGGGGGGAGGUUGAGGGGGGUGAAUGGGUGGGGGGAGGGGGAUGUGAGGAGGCUGUGGGGGGUAUUGGAGUGUUAUAUGAAUGGUUGUUUGGUGGAGUAUCGUGUUAGGAUGUCGGGAACAACGGUUGCCGAGUUGAGGUUGUUAGGGGAUGAAGUAGGGGAGCAGGAGUUUUGGGCUUGGAGGACGGGGACGAGUGGGGUGGCGGCUUUUUGUUUGAUGGGGCGGGUGAUGAAUGGGGGUGAGGGGUUGUCGGGGGAGGUUUGGGGGUGGGAGGAGGUUAGGGGGAUGGAGAUGAUGGUUAUCAAGUCUUUUGUUGUGUGA